AAUCCCGGGGGGAUUGAGCACACUCGAGUGCGAGCAAGACAUCAUACCAAAACAAGCGACGUCCAGUAACAAUGGAGAUCAUCAUUGUCGGUGCCGGUAUUGCAGGCCUCAGCGCCGGUAUCGCGCUGCGCCGUGCAGGACACUCCGUGAAUAUAUUCGAGCAGUCCGCUCUUUUGCAGGAAACCGGCGCGGCCAUCUCCAUCGCUCCCAAUGCCUCACCAGUGCUAUGUGGGUGGGGAUUUGACAUUGCGAAAUCGCGCAUGGUCGCUAUCCGCACAGGAAGUAUCCUCAGCGGCGCCAAUCUGCAGACAAUAGUUCCGAACUACUACGUCAACAUCAAAGAGAACUAUGGCGCGCCGAUCUACUCGGUUCAUCGCGUAGAUUUGCACGAUCAACUCAAAGCUUUGGCCACAGGCGAAGCAGGGCCUGGCCAGCCAUGCAAGCUCCACGUGCGAUCGACGGUUAAGAAUUACGAUGCCGUGAAUGCAAGGAUUACCUUGGCCGAUGGCACGACUCGACAGGGUGACCUGAUCAUCGCUGCCAAUGGUGUCCACUCUACCGCCCGCGAGGCUGUAGGUGUCACUGACGACAGCAUCACGACCGAGACUGGAUGGGCGUCUAUGCGAUGGCUUCUGCCGACCAGCGAGCUCUUGGCUGACCCGGAGAUUGCAAACUUGGUCGAGAAAUCCACUCAGAGAUUUUACAUGGGUGCUCAGGGCGGAGGCCUGGUGUGGUACCAAUGCAGAGACAACGACGUCCAGAACUUCCUCUACCUCUCGCGGUCGUUCGGUAACGAUGCUACAGAAGACUUCCAGGCGGCGGUGGACCCCAGCGUGAUGCUGGAGCACGCCAAGACGGAAUUCCUCAGCCCUGCACUGCACAAGGUUCUUGCGAAAGCUCGAAAUGUCAAGUUCUGGAAGCUGGUCGCUCGCAGCCCCUUGCCUACGUGGCGCAAGGACAAGCUGAUUUUGAUCGGCGAUGCCGCUCACCCUAUGCUUCCAUUCCAAGCCCAAGGCGGUGGUCAAGCCAUCGAAGACGCCGCCGUCCUCGGCACGCUCUUAGAAUCAGUCCACGACAAAGCGACCUUGGAGAAGCGUCUCCCGCUCUUCGAGCAGAUCCGAAAGAAUCGUGGUUCAGCCGUUCAGACUUUGUCCAACUCCGGUCCUCCAAUGCCCCAGAGUGUGCGCGACGCAGCGGCCAAGUUUCUGCCUGCCAGCACGAAGCUGGAGAGUCAGGAUGAUAUUAUUGACCUCCUCUUCUCGUAUGAUGUGCUGGGUACGGCAAAGGCCGCUUUGGCUGAGUUCGAAGCUGAGUCGAAUGGGCCGAGCAACGGCGUGGUGAAUAGCUGGUCUAGCGAGCCAUCUUCCGUUACAGCUUGAGACCCGCAACUUCGAGCAUCAAUUUGCAUUUUAUGUAGAAAUGAGACCAAACUAUCAUUUCUUAUAAGCUGAAACGGAAGCAUCGAGCGUGUGAUUGGAAGAUGAGAUAGCGAUGGUAU